AAAAAGCAACUCAGGAAAUGAUAUUAUCCCCUCCGUUAAUAUAUCGACAAAGAAGAAACAGCUCAUUAAGGUAUCACACCGGUAAUUGUCCAAUCAAAAUGAACGUAGUCAAUUGUAGUUCCAUAUAUUUAAAGAAAUAUUUUUUCCUUGCCCGAUUUUUCUCAUUUCCUCUUCUUCUUUUCUCUUAAUUUUUGCACCCCUGAUUAGGAAAUUUUGUGUAAUUUGUAGAAAUAACCAAGUGUAUACAAAGGAACUAUUUGCUGUUGGUAGGUGAGGCUACUUCCUGAGGUGUACUCCGGCUGUUUACACACAUGUGAAAAACACGUGGAUUUGAGGGUAGUCUUGUUUGCGGGUAAUUUAUUUUCGAAAAUGCCGCGUAGGGUGGUGUUUUUCUGGUGUCGGCAGACGAGAUAGGUAACAUAGAACGUUUCUGACUGCGUUAUUCGGCAUCAAUUCUGUAAACUGAUUUUUAAUGAAUUUUUUUCCUCUAUAGUAAUAUAUAGUGAAAAUAAUUACCGGUGUGAUACCUUAAAUGAAAAUGGUUUAAAAUGCGCUAUCAUAGAGCAGUAUAUUUUGCUGUUGCUCGGCACCAUAAUGGCGGACUGCCAAGUGAUGAAAAUAUGGCGGUGCCCCUAAAUGAUGCCAGAUUUUACUAAAAGAAAGAGGAGAAACACGUUCUUCAAACUUAGUACUAUUUUUAACAUACUAUCACGAGACACUUAAUUCAUUACCUGAUAUUUUUGUAAAGCAGGAAGAUUCUGAGAAUAAAUGGAAAAUAAGACACACACAGGACGAUAUUAUGUUUGAUAAUGUCUCAUGGAAAUAGUUUAUGGCAGAAGAUAUGAUUAUUUAAAAAAGGAGUAAUUAUGUAGUGACGCCAAAACACAUUAAAACUCCUCUUGAAAUGAAUUAAAUAUAUGGUAAGUUCAGCUCACUUAAUUUGGGUAUUUCAGACGUCCCAUUUGGUUUAUAUUCAAAAAUCCAAUCUAUGAAAAAUUGUCCUUUCUCAUGACUUUACUGAUUAACAAUACAGUUUCUCUAAAGAAAAAAAGCACUGCUAGUGAAAUUCUAUAAAAAUCUGGUAAAAAUGUGUAGGGAUAUUUUGAAAGUGUCUAGGGUAUUUCUAACUAGAUUCACAAGAAGUAUGAUUAACCCUGCAUAAAUCUGGGGAACCACUUGUUGACAAGAGAAAUGUCAUUAUCAAUGAACAAAUGUUUGUAUGCUUUGUGUAGAAGUUGAGAAUUCGUUGAGCAUACAUUGCGCAGAGCAAUAGUAUAAUUACCAUAAGCGCGAUCCGAGAAACGCCUUCCUUAAUUUUAUUAAAAAGAUACGCUAUCGCUAGAAAUGCAAUACACUAACUCAUUGCCAGUAACGAAAGAUUGUCAUCCGUAUUAGUUUUGAAAUGAAGGUGUUUUUAAAUACCGUGUUAUUUGCUUAUUUUAUUUCUCGCAUCAUUUUGCGGAAACUGAUUGAUAACACAGGUAAAUCACAGUAGCUCUUUUCUACGCAAAACAGAACGUAUUUACUCAAUGGAAUUGUAAUUCUAACAGUUAUUUGCUGGCGUAUUUCCUGUUCGAUAAAACAACACAUUGGCCAUUUAUUGUAUGUCGGAUUUAAUACCGUGACAUCCUUUUGUGUUUUCUGAUUUUCGUGUAUUGUUAAAGUUUCGGACACUUAAUUACGCACUUUUGACUCCUAGCAGCUGUUUGUAUUUACCAUUAAAUAACGCAACAGUCUUUAAUAAAUAAGAUUUGUUUAAUUUCUACAAAAAGAUCAGUUAUUUCACAAAGAAGUAUCCAACCUUUUGUGGGAUGUGUCGAUUUCAAUACCCCAGAUGUUGAAGAAAAGGUUCGACACGGGGAAUUCUGUAGUGAGAAAUAAAAAUGAGUAAAAAAAAUAUUUAAAUAUCUAAAAUCACAAUUCAAUUUGAAUAAAUAUUGGAAUGUACAUGCAAAAUACAAAACGAAAAAAUUACUAUCCCAUCAGAAAAAAAUGACAAUAUAGUAAUUCAUACACAGCCUUUUCUUUGAGCAAUAAACUUUACUUCCCUACCCAUGGAAUAUUCUUCUUGCUGUAUAUAUAAGAGGCGGCUGACGUACAGGCUGAUUUGCCAGUGGGUGUCGCGACGAAAAUGAGGCUCUAUCUAUUUUUUCUCCUUUUGGCGAUCGUCAUUAUAGUCGCCGAAGUAGAAGGAAAGAAAAGUAAAAAGGGUGGAGGGAAAGGUAAAGAUAGUGGAGGGAAAAGUAUAGAAAAACAAGGAAAGCAUAAAGAGCGUGGAGGAAAAAGUAUAGAACAUGGAGGGAAAAGUAAGGAAAGUGGCGGGAAAAGUAAAGAGAGUGGAGGGAAAAGUAAAGAGAGUGGAGGGAAAAGUAUAGAAAAACACAGAAAACGUAAAGAGCGUGGUUGGAAAAUCAAGAAAAGUGGAGGGAAAAGUAAAGAAAGAGGUGGGAAAAGUAAAGAAAGAGGCGGGAAAAGUAUAGAACAUGGAGGGAAAAGUAAGGAAAGUCGAGGGAAAAGUAAAGAGAUUGAAUGGGAUAGCAAAGAGAGUGGAGGAGAAAGUAUAGAAAAACAAAGAAAACGUAAAGAGCGUGGUUGGAAAAUUAAGAAAAUUGGAGGGAAAAGUAAAGAAAGCGGAGGGAAAAGUAAAGAAAAAAGAAGGAAAAGUAAAAAACAUGGAGGGAAAAGUAAGGGAAGUGGAGGGAAAAGUAAGGAAAGUGGAGGGAAAAGCGUUGAAAAAGAAGGAAAACACAAAGAGAGCCGUGGUAAAAGUCUUGAAAGGGGAGGAAAAAGUAAAGAAAGUGGAGGGAAAAGUAAAAAAGGCGGAGGAAAAAGUAAAGAUCAUGGUGAGAAAAGUAAAGAGAGCAAGGAGGAAAUUGGAGAAAGUCGAGGUCCGAACAAGAUAAUUAUUUGUGAACGUGCCAAAAAACAAAUCACGUGUCCAGUAGGAUCACGUUUGAGGAUUCUCUCUGCUUCCUAUGGACGAUCUAGUAGAAAUGUGUGUCCGGGAACUAUCCGAACGCUACGUUGCUCAUCAAAGGUUGCUCUUGCGAAGGUCAGAGGUCAUUGUGAUGGACGACGGUCUUGUGAACUUUUAGCCUCCAAUACCGUAUAUGGAGAUCCAUGCCAAGGGACUGCUAAAUACCUAGAUAUCAGCUACAACUGUCAGGCGAUUCCUUCACGUCCUCCAAGGAUGUCAGGAAAACCUACUAAACCACAAGAAGAGCCUCCUGUACAGAAACCCAAAGAUAUUUACCUUGGUUGCUAUGAGGAUCGCAGAGUUCGUCUGUUGGAUCAGCAAUAUAUGCGGGUGACAAAAUUAACCAUUUCGUCUUGUAAGGAACUCUGUAGGAAGCGAGGAAAGAAGUACGCUGGAGUAGAGCACCGCAAUGAAUGCUUCUGUGGAAAUACCAUGAAAAAAUAUCCUAAAAAAGCGGACAGGGAAUGCUCUUAUCCUUGCAGUGGCAAUCCCAAAGAGAAAUGUGGCGCUUCCUGGAGGAUCAAUGUGUAUCAGUUGAGCACACCAACUUGUGGACAGUGUAACAAGAACGCCAAAUGUAUCAAUGGGAAAUGCGUAUGUAACAGGGGUUAUCAUGGUGACGGAGUAAACUCCUGUCAGAAAUCGUGUUUCUGCAUGGCGUCGGGAGAUCCUCACUACAAAACGUAUGAUGGUGAAAUGAUCCACUUCAUGGGAACAUGCAAAUACACGCUGACUAAAUCCACGACGUCAAAUGACACUUGCGGAUUUCAUGUUACCGUGAAAAACGAACAUCGUCACGGAAAAACACACGUGUCUUAUACCCGUCAAGUGGACGUUGAUGUCCUCGGGAAGCGUGUCAGCCUUCGACUGAAAGGGGUUGUGAUGAUUGACGGGGAAAAGAAGUAUCUACCAGUAAAUGAACUUGGCGGUAAACUGAAGGUGUUCCGAAGCGGACGUUAUGUUCAGGUGUUGACUUCCUGUGGAGUACGAGUGAACUUCGAUGGUGUCCACGCUGUGUCGGUGACAGUGCCCGGUACAUACCGAGAAAAGCUGAGCGGGUUGUGUGGAGAUUGUAACGGUAAACGUGAUGAUAUGAAGACCAGUACCGGACGUGACGUCAGUAAAGAGAGGUUGAAAUAUUCAUUGAUCGGCAACAGUUACGAGGUCAAGGACGACACGGGGGAUGUGGGAGAGAAGUGCAAAACGGUAGAGGAUGACCCAAACAGUUUUAAAUGUGAUAAGAAGAUGAACGAUCUAAUGGCGACCGAUAAAUAUUGUGGCCUGAUCAGGAGUACGUCAGGGCCUUUUGCUGCGUGUAUAGCCAAGUUUCCAGACAUGUCCAAGGAGUACUUCGAAUCCUGUCGCAUUGACGUGUGUUCUCUGCAGGGAAGCGGUCUAGAAGUGGCCAAGUGUGAAGCGGUGGAGGCGUUUGCUGAGGACUGUGCCGACAACGGGGUGACUGUCAAAUGGAGAACGAAGGGCUUCUGUCCUCUGAAAUGUACAGACCGAAAUUCAGAAUAUAGAGCUGGUGGUUCUGGGUGUCCGGCCACGUGUUUGGAUCCAAAUUCGGAGACCACGUGUACGUUGGAACCACAGGAAGGGUGUUUCUGUAAGGCGGGAUAUUUAAUGAGUGAUGGAGCAUGUGUUCCGCGAACGCAAUGUGGAUGUAAAACGAAAGCAGGCGAUUAUUAUCCGGUGGGAGCAAAACUGCAAAGUACUGAUUGUGGGUCAGUCUACUUAUGUCGAAACACUCGUGGUGUGUCUUCUUUUAAAAGAAUAUCUGUUGGUCUGAAAUGUCACAGGAAUGCCAAAUGUGGACUUAACAAAAAAGGAGAAAGGGCGUGUGUUUGUAACAAAGGAUACAUAGGAGACGGAUACCGCUCCUGUUUACGGAAACCCACGGUGCCACAAGAGGAGCCCCCCGUACUGAAACCGAAAGAUACUUAUCUUGGUUGCUUCGAGGAUCGCAGAGUUCGUCUUUUGGAUCAGCAAUAUAUGCGGGUGACAAAAUUAACCAUUUCGUCUUGUAAGGAACUCUGUAGGAAGCGAGGAAAGAAGUACGCUGGAGUAGAGCACCGCAAUGAAUGCUUCUGUGGAAAUACCAUGAAGAAAUAUCCUAAAAAAGCGGAUAGGGAAUGCUCUUAUCCUUGCAGUGGCAAUCCCAAAGAGAAAUGUGGCGCUUCCUGGAGGAUCAAUGUGUAUCAGUUGAGCACACCAACUUGUGGACAGUGCAACAAGAACGCCAAAUGUAUCAAUGGGAAAUGCGUAUGUAACAGGGGUUAUCAUGGUGACGGAGUCAACUCCUGUCAGAAAUCGUGUUUCUGCAUGGCGUCGGGAGAUCCUCACUACAAAACGUAUGAUGGUGAAAUGAUCCACUUCAUGGGAACAUGCAAAUACACGUUGACUAAAUCCACGACGUCAAAUGACACUUGCGGAUUUCAUGUUACCGUGAAAAACGAACAUCGUCACGGGAAAACACACGUGUCUUAUACCCGUCAAGUGGACGUUGAUGUCCUCGGGAAGCGUGUCAGCCUUCGACUGAAAGGGGUUGUGAUGAUUGACGGGGAAAAGAAGUAUUUACCAGUGAAUGAACUUGGCGGUAAACUGAAGGUGUUCCGAAGCGGACGUUAUGUUCAGGUGUUGACUUCCUGUGGAGUACGAGUGAACUUCGAUGGUGUCCACGCUGUGUCGGUGACAGUGCCCGGUACAUACCGAGAAAAGCUGAACGGGUUGUGUGGAGAUUGUAACGGUAAACGUGAUGAUAUGAAGACCAGUACCGGACGUGACGUCAGUAAAGAGAGGUUGAAAUAUUCAUUGAUCGGCAACAGUUACGAGGUCAAGGACGACACGGAGGAUGUGGGAGAGAAGUGCAAAACGGUAGAGGAUGACCCAAACAGUUUUAAAUGUGAUAAGAAGAUGAACGAUCUAAUGGCGACCGAUAAAUAUUGUGGCCUGAUCAGGAGUACGUCAGGGCCUUUUGCUGCGUGUAUAGCCAAGUUUCCAGACAUGUCCAAGGAGUACUUUGAAUCCUGUCGCAUUGACGUGUGUUCUCUGCAGGGAAGCGGUCUAGAAGUGGCCAAGUGUGAAGCGGUGGAGGCGUUUGCUGAGGACUGUGCCGACAACGGGGUGACUGUCAAGUGGAGAACGAAGGGCUUCUGUCCUCUGAAAUGUACAGACCGAAAUUCAGAAUAUAGAGCUAGUGGUUCUGGGUGUCCGGCCACGUGUUUGGAUCCAAAUUCCGAGACCACAUGUACGUUGGAACCACAAGAAGGGUGUUUCUGUAAGGCGGGAUAUUUAAUGAGUGAUGGAGCUUGUGUUCCACGAACGCAAUGUGGAUGUAAAACGAAAGCAGGCGAUUAUUAUCCGGUGGGGGCAAAAUUACAAACUACUGAUUGUGGGUCAAUCUACAUGUGCAGAAACACUCGUGGUGUAUCUUCGUUUAAAAGAACAUCUGUCGGUCGUAAGUGUCAUAGGAAUGCCAAAUGCAGACUGAAUAAAGAGGGAGAAAGGGCGUGUGUUUGUAACAAAGGAUAUAUUGGAGACGGAGACCGCUCCUGUUUGCCAAAACUGAAAACUCCACUUUGUGGGGAAAAGAAAUGUUCGAAGAAUGCUUCGUGUCGCAAAGGCAAAUGUGUGUGUAAGCGCGGUUUCCAUGGUGAUGGUUAUAAUUCUUGUACAAAAUCGUGCUUCUGUAUGGCGUCGGGAGAUCCUCACUACAAAACAUAUGAUGGAGAAAUGAUCCAUUUUAUGGGAACAUGCAAAUACACGCUGACCAAAUCAACGACUUCGAAUGACACUUGUGGAUUUCAGGUCACCGUGAAAAACGAACACAGAAACAAGAACACGCGGGUUGCUUUCACUCGACAAGUGGACCUGGACAUCUUAGGGAAAAAAAUAAGUUUACGACUUAAGGGUGUAGCAAUGAUUGACGGGGAAAAGAAGUAUUUACCAGUAAAUGAACUUGGCGGUAAACUGAAGGUGUUCCGAAGCGGACGUUAUGUCCAGGUUUGGACUUCCUGUGGAGUACGGGUGAACUUUGACGGUGUCCAUGCCGUGUCAGUGACGGUACCCGGUACAUAUAGAGGAAAGUUGACUGGGUUGUGUGGAGAUUGUAACGGUAAACGUGAUGACGUGAGGACCAGCACCGGACGUGACGUAAGCAGGGAGAAACUGAAGUACUCUUUGAUUGGUAAUAGCUAUGAAGUGUCUGAUGACACGGAUGACGAAGGAAAGAGAUGCAAGACCGAAGAGGACACACCAUACGCUUUCACAUGUGAUGCGAAAAUGUCCAACCUUUUGGCUGGAGAUAGAUAUUGUGGUUGGAUUCAGAAUAAAGAGGGUCCAUUUGCAGAAUGCAUCACCAAAUUUCCAGACAUGUCCAAAGAGUACUUUGAGUCGUGUCGUAUUGACGUGUGUUCUUUAGAGGGAAGCGGUCUAGAAGUGGCCAAGUGUGAAGCGGUGGAGGCGUUUGCUGAGGACUGUGCCGACAACGGGAUCAUGGUGAAAUGGAGAACCAAGGGAUUCUGUCCCCUAAAAUGUGAAGACAAAAAUGCUGAGUACCGAUCCAGUGGUUCGGGCUGUCCAGCUACAUGUCUGGAUCCGCACUCUGAGGACACAUGUACUUUAGACCCAACGGAAGGUUGUUUCUGUAAGGCGGGAUUCGUUCUUAGUGACGGGGCAUGUGUACCACAGGGUCAGUGUGGGUGCAAAAAUGACAAAGGGGACUACUAUCCGAUUGGAAGCAAGAUCCAGGCUCCUAACUGUGCAAAGACCUAUGAAUGUAAACUGAUUCGUGGGAAAGCCACCUUGGUGAAAACUUCGUCUGGACUCAGAUGUCAUAGGAAUAGCCAAUGUCGACUGGAUGAAAAUGGAGAGAGAAAAUGUGUGUGCAGAAAAGGAUUUUUUGGGGACGGGAAGAAAUCUUGUCAGCCUCUGUGUGGUGGUAAAUAUCGAUGUCAUAAGAAGGCUGCCUGUAAGAAAGGACGAUGUCAAUGUCGGAAAGGAUUGUUUGGAGAUGGAGAAAACAGCUGCGAAAAAAUGUGUACGUGUAGUGCAAGUGGAGACCCUCACUACAGGACGUACGACGGCCAAAUGAUUCACUUCAUGGGAAUCUGCAAAUACACGAUGACCAAGUCCCUUACGAGGAAUGAUCCUUGUGCAUUCAGUGUGGAAGUCAAAAAUGAACACCGAGGUAGAAACCGGCGUGUGGCCUACACCAGAACAGUGGAUGCUAAAAUAUACGGCAAAGUCGUGCGGCUAGCCCCUAAUCGUAAAGUAUAUAUCAAUGGAGAAAGGAAGUUCCUCCCUGUAUCAGAAAAUAACGGGGACCUGAAGAUUGUGAUCAGUGGUAGAUUUAUCCAACUAAUCACAAAGUGUAACAUAUACGUGAAUUGGGAUGGCAAGUCGGUGGUCCAAGUAGGUGUUCCAAAAUCCUAUAGCAACAAGAUGGAGGGAUUAUGUGGAAAUUGUGAUGGUAGAAAGAAUGAUUAUCGCACAAAAGAAGGCGUAGAUGUGUCUUGGAAAAGUAACAAAUAUGUUCUGAUUGGGAAAAGUUAUGAAGUAUUUGACGACUCAGACAAACCAUCCACCAAGUGUAAAACUUUCGAAGAUGAUGUGCAGUGUUCCAGUGAAAUGUUAGCAGUGGCUACUGACAAGAAUCACUGUGGAUACCUGAAUCCAAAGACUAGAAGGAGUUCUCCCUUCAAUAUUUGUUUGGCCUACAAACCCACACUGGCUUUUCAGAUGUACGAAUCCUGUAUUUACGACGUCUGUUCAUAUUUUGAUGACGUUAAGAAAAGAUCUGAAGCGUCUUGUAGAGCAGCAGAAGGACUUGAAGCUGUUUGUGAGACCAGUGGUUUUAUGGUGCAGUGGAGAUCGUCUGCUUUUUGUCCCAUCAAAUGUGGAGCUAACCAGAGAUAUAGUGCCGCAGUCAGUGGUUGUCCCGCUACAUGUACGUCACCAGGUGCCCCUGAUAACUGUCGCCUCCCAAAUACAGAGGGUUGCGAGUGUCUGCCAGGGUUCUUAUUUAGUGGGACAAGCUGUGUGCGAGAGACGGAAUGCGGGUGCCAGGCACCAAACGGAGAUUAUAUUCCAUUAAAUGCCGUCAUUGUGUCAGAUGACUGUACCACUACAAAGAAAUGCAUCCGAAGAGAUGGGGAAUCGCUUCUACAAGUAUUGAGUGUGAAUACACGAUGUCACUUCAAUGGCUUAUGUGGAAUGAAUGAUGGUGUUCGUCAGUGUGUCUGUAAGGAGGGCUACUCUGGAGACGGAGUCAAUGAGUGUAAAAAGUUGUGCGGUGGAAAAUAUCUUUGCCAUAAGAAUGCCAGAUGUGACAAUGGAAUGUGUCAGUGUAACAAUGGACUAUUUGGUGACGGAAUCCUUUCGUGUCAAGAAUCUUGCACGUGCAUGGCCACAGGUGAUCCUCACUACCGUACAUUUGACGGACAGAUGAUCCACUUUAUGGGAGAAUGUAAGUACACGUUGUCUCAGUUCAAAUCCACCGACAAGUGUUCGUUCAACGUGGAGGUCAAAAACGUCAAACGUCAUCAGAACGCCAAGGUGUCCUUCACACGACUAGUGGACGUGAAAGUCCCUGGAUACAAUAUACGUCUACUUCAGGAAAAGCGUUUAAUAAUUAAUGGUAUAAAAAUGUUUGCACCCUGGACAUCUCCAAAUGGUAUAUACAAGGUGACGACAAAGGGGCGUUACAUUACCGUCACCACGAUUUGUGGAGUUGUUGUUAGUUUUGAUGGUGUGCACUCGGUUUCCUUAUCUGUGCCAAAACAGUAUGGUGGCCAUCUAACGGGACUUUGUGGCAACUGUAACUCAAGGAAGGACGACCUAAGAACGAAAGCCGGUGAUGAUGUGUCCACAAGACCCAAUAAAUUCUCACUUAUAGGAGACAGUUACCAAGUGUUCGACGAUAUGGCAAAGCCCGGAGAAAAAUGUACCACCACAGAUUCUGAUUUCAAGUGUUCGUCGUUUUGGUCCAAACGAGCAGCAUCAAAGGAAUUUUGUGGCAUCUUACUGAAUAAAUCGGGACCAUUUGCAAAUUGUAUCAAAGCUGAUGAAAAUUUGGCGAAAGAGUUGUACGAGUCUUGUGUUGACGACGUAUGUUCUUAUGAGGAUGAACCUGCAUUUGCUAUGAAGUCCGCCUGCAUGGCCGGAGAGUCACUCGCCGAAAUGUGUCUCACCAAAGGACUUGGGAAAGUGCUUUGGAGGAAAUCAGACUUCUGUCCUUUGACCUGCCCAGAAAACUCUGUCUACAACCCAGCAAUUGUUGGAUGCCCACGCACCUGCACAGAUCCAGAGGGAAAAUCCAAAUGUGACACAGUUCCACAGGAAGGAUGCGAGUGUGCGGAUGGCUACGUCCUGAGUGGCGAGAAGUGUGUUCUGGAGGACGAGUGUGGAUGUUUCUAUAACGAUCAGUACUUCCCACUUAACUCCUAUGGGCCUUUGACAAACUGCGAAAUUAUCCAAAAGUGCGUGAGAAAAGGGGGCAUCAACAAGAUGACGUUAACCACACGUCACUUGAACUGUCACAAAAAAGCGCGCUGUAGGAAUGUUUUAGGAGAUUUUACAUGUCAAUGUAAUCGUGGCUUCGAGGGAGAUGGUAAAAAAGAAUGUAAAAGAACCGAUGAACCUGUUGAUGAUUUUCCAUUGAUUCCAGAGGAACCAUCAGGAACACAAGGUGAAAAAUGCCGAUUGCAGACUACCUACAGUACUUGUGGAUCAACCAUUAAACUCACCGGGGAUUGCGAGUAUCAGUCUGAUAUCUUGGCAAAAUGUCAAUACUCGAUUGUGACGGCAUCAUCGGAAGGUCAAAUACAAGCAGUGCUGACCACAAGAGGCAGGCGAUCUCUGGUGUCACGUGGCAAGACGAUCGAAGAAUGCAUCAAAGUUACUAAUGAGGGAACUUUCAUCUCCAUCAGUGAUGACGUAUGUCAAAGAUGCACAGUCGACUACCUCAGAAGUCUUAUUCCCAAUCAAACAUGCAAAGCACCCUGAAUUGUAUUCAUAAUGGAAACGCAUCGAUCACCGAAACCAAUGCACAUUAAUAAAUCAUGAUACACACUCUGA